CCCUAAGCGAACGAAAUGCAGUCGGGUCACACAUUGCGCCUGCUAUUAGCCACGGCCUCUCUUUAUUGCUGCCUUUCGCCUGUUGUGUGCAUCUAUGAGGCUGCAAUAUUGGAAUUUCUAGAGGAGUUUCGUAUGCGCAUGUGUCACCCGAUACCCAAUUUGGGGUUGCCUGCAUUGGAUCCACUUGAACUAGGUCCUGCCGAGACAGCUGUGAAUAACCAAUACCUUGUCGACUUUACUGGUUCCAUUGAGGACUUUCAACUUAAAGGACUUUCAGAUUUUGUUGUAGAUACAUUAAAAAUAAAUGCCGUGCCUGGCUUUCGUAGCACAAUUAAAGUUACCUUUCCAUACACUUAUUUGAAGUCUCUUUACACUGCCAAAGGUUCCUUAGCGUAUAUUGUAAAUUUGGCUGGCGAUGGCAAUGCAGAAGUAUUGGUGAAAGCCUUUUCUCUUGAAAUUUCAUGGAAACUGAAACUGUCGUCCUCCUUAUCCAUCACAGAUUUGCAAAUAGAUAUCCUUUUAGGAGAUUUAAAAGUUAAUUUUGAAAACUUAAUGGAGGAAGAGCGAAUUGAUUUGUUUCUGCAUGAUCUAAUUAACGAAAUGGGUGUUGAAUUAUUGGGUGAUGUAUGGAAUUAUGAGCAGGCCAAAGUUGUUGCAAAAGUCGAAGCGCUGAUCAAUAGCAAACUGUCGGGAAUUCUGCAAGGUAUUAUUGGAGGAGGUGGCAGUGGAAAACCACCUAUUUUUGAAGGCGUAGAACCGGAUUGUAAGCUUCCUGCUCCUUAAUAAGGCUAAUUAAUAUG